AUGGUCAAGUCUUCCAUUGAAUGGAAAUUGUCGACACGAGCUGAACAAACGAAACUUCGAAACGACUGUCUAAGUCGGGACGGAUACCGGUGCGUCUACACAGGUAUCUGGGACUUUAACAAGGCCGCUCGCGCCCGCGAGGCAUCCCGGGCCCUCUCCGUGGAGCUCGCCGAGACGGCGCAGCUGUCCCUGGCCCUCCGCGCCUCUGAGGAAGAGGCUGAGGCCCGGGAUGAGGUGUUGGUGGAAGAGAAGGCCGCGGCGCUGGAGUCCCCGGGGGGACUGGGCACCCCUCCGGCGAGCCUGAAGACCGGGCGGCCCAGCGUCGCUGGUAGUGUGGCUGACGCCGGCGAAGUCAGCUUUGACUUCGAGACCCGGUCGGCUGGUGCCUCUACCAACGAGGAUACCGAGAUGGAGGACGCGUCGUCCGUGUCGGCGAUGACGACGACGACCUGGGCGCGGUUAGCGCGCCUGUCGCGCCUGCCGCUGUGGCUCCCGCUCCCGCUCCACUGGCCCAGGAUGUCGCUGGGGCCAUCAUAG